AUGGGUCGUAAGAAAAUCAAGAUCCAACCUAUCAAAGAUGAUCGUAACCGACAGGUUACAUUUCUCAAGAGAAAGCACGGAUUGAUGAAGAAGGCUUACGAAUUGAGUGUUCUAUGCGAUUGCGAAAUUGCCUUGAUCAUAUUCAAUAAUAACGGAAAACUCGUACAGUACGCCAGCACUGAUAUCGAUAAAAUUUUGAUGAAAUACACCGAAUACAAUGAACCUCACGAAAGCAAAUCAAACCAAGAUUUCAUAAAUUCAUCUGAUCAAGACGAGUUGAUAAAAGAAGAAGAGGAUGAUGAUAUUGGUGGUGGCGGAUCAAAUCACAAUACCGGUUCUGUUGGCGGUAGUGCCAGUGCACAAGGUGGAGAUGAUGAUAACAUGGAUCAAAUGAUGAUGAUGAAUCACAACAAGAAGAACAUGUCGACUGUCACUGUGCCAACCCAAGCAAAUCACAAAUCUGCCAUCAUGUAUUCUCAGCAUCACCAGCAACAGCAACAGCAGCAACAGACACCUCCACAACCACAAAUGAAUCAACAAAUGUACUACUCUCAGCAACAGCAGCAGCAACAGCAAAUGCGUUACGGUCAUCCUCAAGCACAAUCUCAACCGCAGCCACAGCAAGUUGGUUACGACAUGUAUAAUAUGCCUCCUCAACAACAGCAACAGCAACAACCUAUGUAUAUGUUUGGCGGUGGUGGAGCUCAUCAGCAGCCCUCUCAUCAUCAUCACCCUCAACAUCCUCAUCCCCAACAAGGCCAUCCUUUACCCCAUAUGCCACCUUCUUCUUCCUAUGCCAUUCUGCCUCCUCAACAUCAAACGCAGCAAUACCAUUCACAAGCACAAGCACAACAACAGCAACAGCAACAGCAACAUCAUUCUCAGCAAUACCAACCACCACAAGCACAACGCCAGCAGCAAUAUUCUGUCAGUCCUCAGCCAUCAGCACAGCACAGUAGACAGGCUUCUCUGCAAUAUGGCUCCAAUUUGAGCACAGUAUCUUCACCCAACUUAGGUCCUCCUGCUAGUCCUGCCAUGUCGACACAUAGCACUGUCAGUGCAGGUAAAAAACCACCCAAGCUGCGAGUUCAGAUUCCAGAUACUGGCCCAAAUGAUUCACCUAAUCCAACAAAGCAUCGACAUCAAUUAAGCGUAUCCUCUGUGUCAUCGACGACAUCCAGUGUGAAAGACGAUACGGCAAAGGAUGAAGCCAACAAUGUUCAGCAACAUCCCCCUCCUUCAUCUCAGCCUUAUUAUCGACAGCCUGAGCCAGGUCCUCCAUCCGCUUUACCAUCGCAAUUUGCUCAAAACUUGCCUUCACCAUCCACAUUCUACCCAGAGUUCUAUCAACAAAAUGAGCUUCCUAGUCCACUGAACUUUUCAUCCACACCCAUUACCGCAAACAAUCAUAAUCCAAAUGGAGGUGGAAGUGGUGGAGGCAAUGCAUUCAACUGGCCACAACCAGCUCCUCAGCAACGAGAUUAUAGACCUUCGCCACUGAAGCCGGAAUUACCUGAUAAUAAGAGAAGCUUUGACAGUGUGGACGAUGACAGACCUAAUACUAAAAAGUCGAAAUCAUAA